AUGGCCGUUUAUAAGCGUGAUAUAAUGACAGACCGACUGCGAGGAACAGCCAAACUGCCAGACCUAUCGCUACAUAUCGUUGACAUUAAAGGGGACGACAUAAACGAGGUAUGUCCGGUUGAGGCGAAAAUGAUGAGAGAGGUCCGGACGAUCACCAAAGACGAGAAGUCUCUGGAGAGCUAUUUGGAGGCCUUUACGUUCACUGGGAGUCAGAUGUUGGAGAUCGAGGCAGAAGUGGAGACCUGUCUCGACAAAUGCCGACCCGUUCAGUGCAAAAUCGUAACCGGCAGAAGUGAUGACGAGUACGAAACGGUCACAUCUUAUGGUCGCCGACGAAGACGAUCGCCCGUCGAAGACAUAGAAUUGGCCGAAAAGGGAGACAUAUUGACGCUAACGAUGCUCUCGAAACUGGUGUCCAUUAAGUCGAGUCCCGAAGUGACCAAAUUGGAGAUACCCUCCAAACCCAUGAACGCUCCCUUCAGGAAAAGCAAAAGCCUAUUCUCGUCUGAAUCGCCCAAAUUUAGGGUAUCCCUCGACGAGUACGGCUUCUACUGUUUCGAGCCGACCACCCUGGCCACUCUCAGCGGUGUCACUCUCAUCUUUCAGGGCUUUUGGCUGACCGCUGUCCUCAUUAUGGCCACCAGACUCAAGGACUGUCCGAAGACUGUUCCUAUCCUCUGA